GGCGGACGGUGGGGCCGGGCGCGCCUCGGGAGCGCGCGCGCGUGUGCGCGGCUGGCUCGAAGCCCCAACCCCCUCCUCUUCCUCCCCUGAGCCUUCCUUCUGAGAGAGCGAGCGAGCGACCGGGAGGGAGGGGAGCGCUGGCAUUUACAUAACUUGACUACAAAAGAUGAAUGGAAUGCUAUCAUUAAGUCUACUAGAGGAUCUGUAUUGUGACCCCUACCAUUAAGUAAUGCUUAAAUGAAAAAUAAGAGUGCCAAGAAGCAAUCCCAAGUAAUUAUUACCUUACUCAGGCAUCAAUGACUACGUCAUUCAAUCCAAGUCGACCUUCUUCAUCUGAGUUGGUGGAACUUCAUGUUUUUUAUGUCCCUGAAGGAUCAUGGAACUAUAAGCUAAAUACCAUUUCAAUAGAAGUAGUCAGUAAAUUUAUUUCAGCUGGAUUUAUAAGGGUAUCACCUCAUCUUACUUUACAAGCCCUGAGGGAGCAGCUGGGUGAGUUCCUGGGCGAGGAGGCUGUUGCAGAAAAAUUUUUAUUUUUGAAAUGCAUAGGAAACAAUUUAGCUGUGGUAAAGACAAAGCAAGAAAAAGAACUGAAACUCAAGUCAUUUGCGCCACCAUAUGCUCUUCAACCAGAAUUAUAUUUGCUUCCCAUAGUGGACCACUUAGGAAAUAUUUAUUCUUCUUCAUCAUCAUCUACUGUGGGAGAUAUACAGCAGAAUAAUUCUAAUAUUUCUGAGGAUGAUAAAGCUGCCCAGCAACUAGAUAGUUGCAAAACUUCUUCAAACCAGAAACCUGAAAAAGAUCCAAGCCUUUUAGAAAAUAUUACUAAAGCUCCUCCCCUCAAGAAUCAGGAAGAAGGUAAAAAGAAUAAGGAAGAAGAACCUGUUGAGUCUCAUGUGUAUGAUGAUUUAAGUCUUGCAAAUACAGAAAUCGGAAACAAUUCAGCCAUUUCCAAAGUCUGUAUAAAAAUGUCUCCCAAUGAAAUUUGGGAAGAUUGUAAUACUAUUUUGCCUUGGAACAGUGUCAAGGAUCAGGCUCAAAGAAACAGUGCUCACAUUUUGCUCAAAAGAAGAGUCAGCCUAAAAGACAACAAGAUUAAAAAAUACCCAGCAAGAAAGUAUGGAUUUCUAGAAGCAUUAGACGAUAAGCGUAUUUUACAUGCCCAAAACAAAAAAAGCCAAUUCUCGUGGGAAAACGGUGACAAGAUAACUGAUGCCAAUAGAAGAAAGGAAGAUACGUCAGGUGAUGAAGAUUAUGAGAAGCCCCCAGGUCCUUCUGCUCCUCCUUCAUUACCACUCCUUGCUUUCGCUCCAGGAAUACUUGAAUCCUCUGUGUUACAAAAUGAGAAACCUGAGAUGGAACAUUUGCCAUGGAGGUAAAUAUGGUACAGUCACAAAGAAAAUACCUGUCAAGGAUUCAAGAUUAUGCAACAAAUGAAGCAAGUAAAGGAAGAAAGAUGUCAUUUGGAAGAGACAAGAGAAGAACUGAUGAAAAAAGUUAAAACUUUAUUUGAACAAAGCAAACUGAAAAGAUACCGUGCCCAGGAAGCUUGGAAGAAAAAAUAUUUUGAAACCAAGAAAAUCACAGCUUCAUUGGAGGAAGUUUUAACUAAACUUCAAGAAGAUUUAGAACUUUAUUAUAAAAAAUUGCUCAUGCAGCUAGAAGCUAGGGAAAUCAAAAUGCGGCCAAAGAAUCUGGCCAACAUGGAAGAUUCAAAGAAUAAUCUUAUAAUCCAGAUCACUGAAGUACAGCAUGCAAUCGACCAACUGAAAAGAAAACUGGACACUGACAAAAUGAAACUAAUGAUAGAAAUUAAGAUGAGAAAACAAGCAAUUUCAGACAUACGAACAUUAAAAAUGGAACUGGAACAGAAGAAAAUGAAGGCAUCUUUAAGCUCACAAUCAAAUGUAUUUACUUAGAACUGUCUUAGUUUUCCAACUCUUUAGACUUAUUUGAAGACUGUCCAUCCAUUGUUCUUGCCAGUGUUUCUUUAUAAGCCUUGUGUUUCUAUUCCUUUAUUUUUCAUACUGAGUUUAUAAAGUAACUCAUGAAAUUUCAAGCAGAAUAUACUUCAAUACUAUGAGGAUCUGUGAUUUUGUCAGAGUGGGUAUUCCUUCCACUAAGACAGAUCACACCCCCUUGACAAGUUGGGAGAUGAAUUUUGAGAGUAGCUUUGGUAAAAGAGAAAGAAAAAGAAAGGAAGAGAGAGAGAAGGA